AUCGAGUAUGCGUUGUCGAGUGCGUAUCGAGAGGGUGUUAGCGGUACGGUCGUCAGUGGUGCGUGAUGUGUUUGUGUAGCUUGACCGGUGUGUGUCGUCCGGUGCCUUGUUAUGCAUGUUGUUGCGCGCCUUCCUUCCCCAGGGCCGUCUCUGCCGUCUCUGUCGUCUCUGUCUCCUCUCCCAUCGGUAUGAAGUUUUUCGACCGACGUAGCCUGGAGAUUGCGAGGCAGUUGCUUCGUCGGUACCCAAAAGAGUGGGCCCAGGGAGCCACAUUGCCGCUUCUCGAUCUCGCUCAAAGACAGCAGGGCAACUUUGUGCCUCAAGCUGCGCUUAGGGAGAUUGCCGACAUGACUAAAUCAACGAUCGCUCGAGUUCGUGCGACAGCGUCCCAGUACGAAUACAUCCGACUCAGCGACUCGGGUUCGCCUUUUCGCGUAUGUACGAGUUGGAUGUGCGAGGAGAAAGGUGCCCAAGCGUUACGGAAGCAUGCUCAAAGGGAAGCCAAACGUCUCGAUGUGCAUAUAAAUAUUGAAUCGGCGUCCUGUCUAGGAGGAUGCCAUCACGCACCCGUCCUGUGGUUUCAAGACAGACUGUACGAGAACAUGUCGUGUUCGGAUGUCGCUGUUGUGUUAAAAGAGGAGAAAGUUGAAGAAGAAGCAGAGGAGAAAGAAUCAGACUGAGGAACUAAGGGUUUGCAACACAACGAGAAACACGUUUAAGAGAAACAAUAAAAAAAGCGUUUGAGCAACAUGCGUUGACCUCUCCGUCCGGACCCAUCUUGUCUGAGACAACCGUCUGCAGCUGCAGUGCUCGUCGCUCACCAAACAAUGGUCCGGCUGAAAGCGCGGCUAUGAGAAACAAAACAUUGGAAUUCACUAAUGGAAAGAUGCUACGGAAAAAACAAGUGCAGAGAAAGUAAAGGAAAAGAACGAACAGGAUACAAAAACAAAAAAAGGAAAGCAAAACCGGCAUGUCUGGAGACACACGACGGUAUAUGAAAGAUUGUGGGUUGUCCAUUAGUGGAUUACACUGCUGUUGUUGUCGUCACUGCUGCUGCUGUUGUUGCUACCGAUAUGGCUGAGACUUCCUACUUCUUACAAAGUGAGGAAGGCUGCAAUAGCAGAAACAAGAGCAACUGCCAAAACAGAGGGAAGAGCAACCAGGUUCGAAGCGACACCAGAGGUGACAGAAGAGGAAGAGCUGCUGCCGGAGUAAGAAGUAGAAGAGGCAGAGUGAGCAGAAGAAGCGGUCACAGUGCUCAAGGAACCAGAUGCGGAGCCAGUAGCCGAGGCGGAAGAACUGCCAGUGGUGGAAGCAGAGCCGCUUCCAGAGGAAGACUUGGAGCCAGGGGUAGAGACGGCGACAGUGUUGUCCAUCACGGACGAGGGGAGAGUCGUCGUAGUUGUGUGGGCACCAGCAGAAACAAGAGCAUCAGAAUCAGCGGCGUACAGCUGGUUACUAGGAGCGUUCAGGCCAAGAGGCUGGCCAGCACCGCUCUUAAUGAAUUGCUCGGCCUUCGAGGGCAUGGAAGGCAAAGUGCUCCAGCUCUUCCAGUUCGUUUGGUUGGCAGGGCAGGUGAGAGAGCCGGUGGUAGAGUUGUAACCACCGUCACCGCUGAAGGAAGAGGCAGAAGAGAACUUCUCCUUCAGAGUGUCGUAGUUCUUGCUGGUGGUGACGGUGCUGCCGUUCACAACGACCAAACCGUAGUUCGAGCCCUCUUCCGAGUACUCGUACACAAGACCACCAGAAAACACAGAAGACAUCUGUGUGGAAAAGAUGGCAUCAAUUUCGGUGAAGGGGCGCUCGGGAGUGCCGUCGCUGUCCUUCGUCACAUCGUUACAGCCAAACUCGGAGAGAAUGAGGGGGAUCGUGUAGUUGGAGAACUCCUUCACACGCUGAUCAAAACCGGAAACGGACAUACUAGACGAACCGCACCAUUCGUACAUGUUCAUGCCGUAAAAGUCGGCACGGUCGUCAUCGUCGCCGCAGGCGAAGAAGUCGGCACAGGGGACACGGAACUCGGCCACAUCGGCAGCGGAAUAGCCAACAGGGAUUUGACGGUCACUCUGGGCCUUGAUGUAAGCCUUUACAUCGCGAAGAGCGGCCUUCACCCACGUAGUCGUAAUAGCGUUCUCAACGGUGUUGGCAACCUCAUUGCCAGCGAAGAAACCAAGGACGUUGUCGUAGCCCUUGAACGCGU